AUGGGUGCUCCUGAUCUGCAGUUUUCUUCUCUUAGCUGUAAAUUAAGUAUCAUUCAAGCAAAAAACGUGGAAUUCAAGUCCAAGGGUACCCUCUUUGUUAGAUGCUAUCUUUCUGCAGGAAACAACAAAAGAAUUCGGCUUAACAGCCGAGAAAUCUCCUGCAGGUCCUUCCUCUCUUGGAACGAGUCCUUAUUGUUGGAUUGCGUUGGUACCCAAGACUCCAUGGGAGACCUAAUGCAAGAAAACUUGGUUUUCGAGCUCCGGUGGAGGAACAAAGUGCCUGUUCUUGGGAGAAUCGUUAGAUCCAAACUCUUGGGGAGGGGAGAGAUUCCAUGGAAAGAAGUCUUCAAGUCACCAAAGAUGGAAAUGGAGAAGUUCUACUGGGUCACGAUGAUUCCCACCAGUGGAGAAGUGCUUGUUGAAGAUGUCGAGCUACCUAAGCUGCAAGUGGGGAUGAAAGUUCAAGUUCCUGCAAUGGCCGAAAAUGAUAGAAGGAGAAUAACCAAUGGGAAGGCUAAGAAAUGGGACGAUUGUGGGUGUGGGUGCAAAGAUGGUCGCGGUUGUAGUUGUCGAGAUUACGAUGUUUUUGCACUAGCGGCUGCUUUGGAGGCGUUUUAG